UCCACAGGAGAAUGGAAGGAAGUUCCAAAGAAAAGAUUGAAGAAUUUGAAAAAUCCCUUGGUGAUAUAGGCCAAAGAAUUAAGGAACUUGAGGCCAAAGCCAACCUUCUUGAUGAAGAAAACAGAAAAAGUGAUAAAAAAUUUAAAAAGAAACUUCAAAAACUUGAACAAGAUUACAAUGAGUCUAAUAGGAUUCUUGAUGAAAAGGCAAAUAAAUUACUUCGAGAGAUUGAAAAUCAUUAUCAAGGUUCACCCUCCAAAAAAUAACUAACAACUGGGCUUUCAAAAGAUAUGUUGAGAAGUGUUUGAAAAUAUUCAACUGUAUGCCAGAAU